AUGCGUUUAAUUAAUUGUGUUUUAAGUGUUGCUAUGUUAGUGUUCUAUAUUCAAAUAUCGAGUUCAGAGAGGGAGGCUGUUGAAAUACAAAAAUUAUUCUCAUCAUGCAAAAAAAGAUCGAAAGAUUUCGAUGCAUGCAUUAAGCGCGCUUUCAACAAACUACGGCCAUAUUUCAACAGAGGAAUUCCUGAUAUGGGAGUAGCGCCCUUUGAUCCACAUUUUGCCAAAGAAGUCAAACAAAUCCGUAAUCUGUUCGGCAUGGGUUACACACUGACGCUACAUGACGUCUAUGAAAGAGGUUGGACACAAUCAACUGUCACUAAGUACAAGACUGAUUGGGAAAAUCAACAAAUCAUCUACUCACAAUAUUUUCCGGAGAAGUGGCUGGAAGGAGACUAUGAAUUUAAGGGCGAUGUCUUCGGCUUGGACGUAUUGCGUUCAGGACGGUGGAACCUUACAUUGAGAGACUAUUCUCAAACCACUCGCAUCAAACGUAAAGGCGAAGGAGUCGACGUGCACGUGGAAGUAGACCACAUCGGAGACAUGGACAUACAUGUUGGGAAUUUACUAAGAGGCAGAAGUAUUAUGGAGAUGGUGUUGGAUCGUAUCAUCAACGCCACUUGGAAGCCAGGCUUCGCCAUGAUCCGUCCUCUCAUCAACGACCUCGUCAGCACCGCCUUCACUGACAUCUGGAGCAAAUCAUUCAGGAACUUCCCCAUACAAAACUUCAUACAUGAUUAA